AUGCGUCUGAACAUGUCCUCCUCCGCCUCCGCCUCCGCCUCCGCUCUCCCCCUCCCAUUCUCCACCGCCACUUUCACUCACCACCACAGUCACCGCGAAUUCUCUUCUUCUCUACUCCCUAUCUCCGCGUCGCCGCUAAACGCCUCCGAACAAUGCACUUCCGGGGCCUACCCGGUUCUCCGCCACGACGAGCAGCGGAAAUCUCCCCCCAAAGCCAAAACGAUUCGGUACCGCCUCAGUCAGCUCUGCCGCGAAGGCCAGCUCAACCUCGCCUGCCAGCUGUUCGACGCAAUUCCUCAACCAACUACUGUGCUCUGGAACACAAUUAUCAUUGGGUUCAUCUGUAACGACAUGCCCCACGAAGCCCUCAUGUUCUAUUCCCGCAUGAAGCGCUCGGGGUUGUCACACAGUUGUGAUUCCUACACUUACUCUUCUGCACUCAAAGCCUGUGCCGAAACGAAGCGCCUUAGGAUAGGUAAAUCCGUGCACGCUCAUAUCAUACGUUCGGAUAUUCACCCCAGCAGAAUUGUAUACAAUUCUCUCUUGAACAUGUAUGCCGCUUGUCUGAGCUCAGAAAAGCACUGUGAUCAUAAUUUAGUAGAAAGGGUGUUUAAUACAAUGCGUAAUCGAAACGUGGUUGCUUGGAAUACUAUGUUUUCCUGGUAUACGAAAACUGACAGAUUCCUAGAAGCGGUAAGACAUUUUGUUAUGAUGCUGAAGAUGGGCAUUAAACCAACUGUUAUUAGUUUCGUGAACAUAUUUCCUUCUAUUUCUGCACUGGGGGACACUAGGCUUGCUGAUGUUUUGUAUGGGAUUCUUGUAAAAUUAGGUAGUGAUUAUGUAAAUAAUUUGUAUGUUGUGAGUGCGGCUAUUUUAAUGUAUGCUGAGCUUGGAUGCCUUGACACUGCAAAGAGUAUAUUUGACUCCAGUUUUGACAGAAAUGUAGAGAUAUGGAACUCUAUGAUUAGCGCGUAUGUUCAGAAUAAUUACCCUCUAGAAGCACUACAUCUCUUUCUUGAUGCUUUGGAAGCUGAAGAUGUGCCUUCAUUUGAUGAUGUAACUUUUCUUUCAAUGCUUACAGCAGCUUCGCAGUUGUGUCAUUUGAAGUGUACUCAACAGCUACAUUCAUAUUUGAUCAAGAGCUCUCUUGUUUCGCAUGUUAUUCUGCAAAACUCCAUGAUUGCCACAUAUUCUCGGUGUAACUGCAUUGGUGAUUCAUUUAAAGUCUUUAUUCAAAUGAAGGAAAGAGAUGUCGUUUCCUGGAACACAAUGCUUUCUGCUUUUGUGCAGAAUGGACAUGAUGUUGAAGGUUUGAUGCUCGUGUAUGAGAUGCAAAAGCAAGGGUUUGCUAUUGAUUUCAUUACACUUACUGCUCUACUUUCUGCAGCUUCAAAUCUCAGGGAUGAGCAAAUUGGUAAGCAGACCCAUGCUUAUCUUCUUAGACAUAAUAUUCAAUUUGAAGGGAUGGAGAGUUACUUAAUAGAUAUGUAUGCUAAAUCCAGCAUGAUCAAGGCAGCACAAGCAAUAUUUGAAAUAAGCUCCUCCAAUAAUAGAGAUCAGGUCACAUGGAAUGCUAUGAUAGCAGGUAACACACAAAAUGGGUUAAUUGAGUUGGCAUUUAUUGUCUUCAGGCAGAUGGUUGAGAAGAACAUGGCUCCAAAUGCUGUGACCUUAGCAUCAAUUCUUCCUGCAUGUAGUCAGUUAGGAGGUAUAACAGCGGGUAAGCAGCUCCAUGGUUUUGCUAUUCGCAACUUUUUGGACAAAAAUGUUUUUGUGAGUUCUGCACUAGUAGACAUGUAUGCUAAAUCAGGUGAAAUUCUCUAUGCCGAAAGUGUUUUUUGGAGCUCUUGUGAGAAGAACUCUGUAACAUACACAAAUAUGAUUUUGGGCUAUGGUCAACAUGGGAUGGGGGAGAAAGCUUUAGAACUUUUCUAUUCUCUGCCAGAUCAAGGUGUUAAACCUGAUGCAAUUACCAUUGUAGCAGUCUUGUCUGCCUGCAGCUAUUCUGGGUUGGUUGAAGAAGGCCUUCAAAUAUUUGAAUUAAUGGACAAAGAAUAUGGUAUUCAGCCCUCUCUUGAGCACUAUGCUUGUAUUGUGGACUUGCUAGGAAGAGUUGGGAGGGUGGUUGAAGCAUACAGGUUUCUUCAGGGGCUUGGUGAAGAAGGUAAUAUAUUGGGGAUGUGGGGAUCCCUUCUUGCUGCCUGCAGAAUUCACAGAAAUUUUGACUUAGCAAAAGUUGUUGCUAACAAGUUGCUUGAAUUGGAGGGUGGAGACAGGAUGACAGGUUAUCAUGUUCUGCUUUCUAAUAUAUAUGCAGAGGAAGGAAAUUGGGAGUUUGUAAAUGGUGUGAGAGGAGGACUGCAUGAAAGGGGGUUUGUAAAGGAGGUUGGUUGCAGUUGGAUUGAUAUUUCUGGUUAUACUUGUGGGUUUGUUUCUAGAGAUAGAAGGCAUCCCAAUUGCAAUGAGAUAUAUGAAAUGUUGGACAACUUAUUUAUUAAUAUGAAGGACAUCGGUUAUAGGUGUCAGCUAGAUGCAAUCUAAGAGUGGAAAGACUUCCAGACCAGGGCACUUUUGUAUGAGAGGUCUUACACUCUUACUAGCUGUGAAAUCAUGGAGUAAUUAAUCAGUCACCAACUUGGAAACCACGGUUGGAAUGCUUUUUGAAGCUUGCAAUUGGGUGUUCUGUGCCCACUUCCUUGCUCCAUGUAAAGGAGGCAUUUGGAUUCCAAAAUCUUAAUCAAAUUGCUUGGUCUUAAUAAUGAAAUCAACUGAAGGAAAGAUCUCCAUGUUUUCUGGGUCUAGGGAAGGAAGAUGUGUGCAACUUUCCUCUGUUUUCAGAGGUUGUCUCCAGUUCUCAUGACAUCACUUUCUACGCUUGGUGCUUGGCCACUUCACCAAGUGGAACCAGAAUUGCAAUGGUAUGGCAUUCCUCAAAUUAGGAUCAUAAUUUCCUUCCAGUCUGAACUAUUUUGCUUCCCUACAAGUUAGGAUAACACAUUUGCAAAAAUUGAUUGCAACUUUGUAUAUUGACUAAUAACCAAUAAUUGGAAAUCAUAAAGUGUAAAUUUUCAUUUAUCAUUUGGAUGAUGUCAGUUUUUUUAUUGAUUAUUAUUUGGAAA